AUGGCCGCCUGGAGAAGGAAGGAGACGGCCGAAGCAUACUACCUCGCGGCCGAUGCCGGCGACAGAGGAAAGAAGGUCCCCAAAGGGUACAUCCCGCUGGCGCUGGUGGGCGAGGAGGGGAACGGCGACGAGCGGGUGCUGGUGCGCAUCGGCGUGCUCAAGGAGCCGUGCAUGGCGGCGCUGCUGGAGAUGGCCGCCCAGCAGUUCGGGUACGGCCAGCCCGGCGUCCUCAGGAUCCCCUGCGACGCACAGCAGUUCCACCAAAUAGUCGCGGCCAUGUGCAGCAAAGAGCAAAGCCACGUAGGAUAG